AAACAGCCUUGUGCAUUCAUCACUUUCCUGACUCACCUCACUCGAUCAUCCUCCAGUCUUGUCGUCGCCUGCUAGCUUGAAUAUUACGCCAGCAUCUCGCCAGGAAAAUGGCGGGCACUACUCCGCGCCGCUUGCUCCUGGUCAUCGUCCCCCUCGUCGCCGUCGUGCCGGCGUCCGCAAAAGACUACAUGGUCGGCGACUCGUCCGGGUGGAAGUCCGGAGUGGACUACGCUGCCUGGGCCAAGGGCAAGCCGUUCGCCAUCGGCGACACGCUCUCGUUCCAGUACAGCUCGGCGCACUCGGUGCUGGAGGUGAGCGAGGCGGACCACGGCGCGUGCUCGGCGAGCAACCCGCUGCGGUCGCACCAGGGCCAGAGCACCACCAUCCCGCUCACCAAGGCCGGCACCCGCUACUUCAUCUGCGGCGCCCCCGGCCACUGCGCCUCGGGCAUGAAGGUCGCCAUCACCGUCUCCGGCGGCGGCGGCGGCGGCAGCAGCAGCGCCGACAACACCGCGACUCCGUCGGGUCCCUCCGUGCGGGCGACGAACACGAAGCCGGCGUCCGGUGGCGCGACGACGACGGACGAGUCGGACUCCAGCGCGGCUGGCAGCGGCGCCCGCCUCGCGAUGGGCCUGCUGUUCGGGGCCGCGGGCCUCGCUGCAAUAAUGGGCUGAAUUGAGGACCCGCUAGGGAAAAGGCAGUGCGGUUUCACGAAUUUCCUAUUUAGUUUCCUGCGUUCUCUGCUUGCGUCCCCGAGUCGCGAGGCUGAGUGUUCGGCCGUGCAUAUUUUUCGUAUACUUUUGCUGUGUUUUUUUGGGGCUAUUCGUUGUUCAAUACUGUUGUUUCAGAAUAAAAUUUCAUCCUUGACCAUUCCAUGCAACUGUUUGACAGUGGACCUGCGAGGGAAGAGCCUUUUCUCACUCGUAUUUAAACGGCCGUCGUGGACCUUGACGUCGUCCCAAGCCACUCGACUCGACGACGACAUCAUGUGGCAAACAGAGGACUCGAACGGCCCACGGCAAAGUAUCAAUGAAUCAUCUGUCUUUUUUUUUUCCUUUUCCUUGUCUACUGAUGUUGUGGGUGGAACAAGUACUCAAAGACAGUGCAAUUCAAUGGGGUCAUGCAGCGCCUAGCCGUGGUUAUUCUA